AUGCCACAACAGACUUGUUUCAAUUUAUACACCUACUUCAUAAUUGAAAUACGUCAUCUCCAAGGCUACCCGCUCAUCUCCAAUCUCCAAUCAACAUACCCGUAUCACACCACCAUGCGUUCCAUCACUCUCCUGGCCACACUGGCAACAAGUGCACUCUCAAUAGUUCUCCCUCAAUCCUCAGAAGAUGUCCAACUCCCACUGGUGAUCUGGCACGGCCUUGGCGAUGACUUCCAACGCGAAGGCCUGGCCUCAGUCGCCGAGCUAGCCGAAGCUACCAACCCAGGCACUUACGUGCACCUCAUCCACCUAGCAGACGAUGGCAGCGGCGACCGCUCAGCCACAUUCUUCGGCAACGUGACCCAGCAAAUCGAAAUAGUUUGCGAGCAACUAGCGGCCGAUCCAAUCCUCAGCACCGCGCCAGCCAUCAACGCCCUAGGCUUCUCGCAAGGUGGACAGUUCCUGCGCGGAUACAUUGAGCGCUGUAAUACGCCACCAGUCCACAACCUCGUCACAUUUGGCAGUCAGCAUAAUGGAAUCUCCGAGUUCGAGUCCUGCAAGUACAAUGACUGGAUUUGCAAUGGUGCCGAGGCCCUACUUCGCUCUGGGCGGUGGACGAACUUCGCACAGUCGCGCGUCGUCCCCGCGCAGUAUUUCAGGGAUCCGCGAGAACUGGAUCAGUAUCUUGCUUACAGCAAUUUCCUUGCGGAUAUCAACAACGAGCGCGAAGAGAAGAACGAGACAUAUAAGAAGAACCUGGCGUCGUUGAAUAAGUUUGCGAUGUUCAUGUUUGAAGAGGAUACGGUUGCUGUUCCGAAGGAGAGCGCGUUGUUCGCGGAGGUAAAUGCUACGACUGGUGAAGUGACGCGUCUGCAGGACAGGGAGAUCUAUCAGGCGGAUUGGCUGGGUCUCAAGCAACUUGACAAGGCUGGUCGGUUGGAUUUCAAGACUACGCCCGGACAACACAUGCAUUUGUCCGAGGAGGUGCUGCAAGAUGCUUUCAAGGAAUACUUUGCUCCUUUGGAGAAUAAGUGGCACAUGCCUGGCUUAGUCGUGCAGCGUGAUGCUUGA